AUGACGAGGGUUGACAGGAUUGCUAAUGUAAUGCCUGUUAACAGGUACUUCCUACUCCGUACAAAUCUGCACAUAAAUGCAGCUCGAGAACCUGAUGCUGGCAACACAAACAAGUUCUGGAAGGUAAAACCUGUUCUAGAUGCAGUCCGAAAUUGCUGUGUUGAGCUACCCCGUGAGGAGUACUGUGCUGUAGACGAGCAAAUGAUACCGUUUACUGGGCGAGUCCCCGCUAAACAGGUCAUCAAGAGUAAGCCCAAUCCAGUUGGAAUUAAGAACUUUGUACUUUGUGGUAAAUCUGGAAGGGCACUGGAUUUUGAGUUCUAUCAAGGGAAAGGGACAGGUAUUCCACAAGAAACAAAGCAUCUAGGGCUUAGUGCUUCAGUGGUUAUUUUACUAACAAACACUAUACCACGACAAAUGAAAUACAAAAUUUGUUUUGAUAAUUAUUUCACUGGUAUUCCACUUAUUAGAGAACUAAAGUCAAAGGGAAUACUUUCCGUUGGAACUGCCAGAGGCAAUCGGCUGAUGGGAUGCCCACUAAAAGCACCAAAUAAAUUUAAAAAAGAAAAACGUGGUUCAAUGGAGAUGAAGGUAUCUGGCGAAGGUGACAUAUGUGUGGUGAGAUGGAUGGACAACGGGCCUGUAACGCUAGUCUCCAACUUUGUGGGUAUUGAAAGCAAAGACCAGGUUCGACGUUGGAGUGCAGCUGCCAAAGAACACAUUAUGGUUGACAGGCCAAAGUGUGUCCAGGUGUAUAAUGAUAACAUGGGAGGUGUAGAUAAAGUUGGAUUUUCUUAUUGCCCUCUAUAG